AUGGGUAACCAAAUGAGUGUUCCACAGAGAGUUGAAGACCAAGAGCUCGAAUCAGAAGCAGACACUUACAAGGUGACAGAGGACAGUGAGUGUGGCCAGAACGGGAUCCCGGUGGUUGUAUCGACCUGCACAGUUCAGCACUAUGAUGAAGUCGAUCUAGGAAUCAGAGUCCCAAAGGAUAAUGCAGCCACUUCUUCCUCCAAGACAAUGGAGACCAGCGCUGCGCUGGAUGCCAGAGGAAAGAAUCUUGGGAAAGAGGCCAAACCCGAGGCCCCAGCUGCUAAAUCGCGUUUUUUCUUGACUCUCUCUCGGCCUGUACCAGGACGUCCCGGGGACCAAGGCUUGGAUUCAUCUGCCACACCGGCCAGGCUGGAUGGCAGCUCCAGCACAGCCAGCACAGACAAAGACCCGAGUGAGCGCAAGGCACAUCCGGCCGCAGCUGUGCCCCGGCCCGCGGGGGAUAAAACCCCAGGGCAGACCCCGGCUGGGGACCAGGCCCAAGCUGCCACCUGCCAGCCUGCGCCUCUCCCACCUGAGUCAGGGGCAGCCGCCCCCUCCAAGCCCAAGGACUCCAGCUUUUUUGACAAAUUCUUCAAACUGGACAAGGGACAAGAAAAGGCACCUGUUGAAAGCCAGGAGCAAGUCAGGAGCGCAGAGCAUCAAGACCAGGCCGAGGAGGCUCCUGGACCCACAGGGCCAACUGAUGGUGUCUCUACAAGGGAGGACGUAGUUGACGGCAAGGAGACAGAAGGACAACAAACGGAAAUUUGGAAUUGCUCAGGCCCUGGGGACCCAGAGGGACGGGGAAUUGCAAAGGAGGACUCCCAGACAACAGACAUAGCAGAGAAUAGUUCCAUCAUGAGUUUCUUUAAGACUCUGGUUUCACCUAACAAAGCUGAGACAAAAAAAGAUCCAGAAGAUGUGGGUACUGAAACGACAUCUACUACUUCAGCCAACCUCAGAUCAGAUAAAGGCAACUUCACACCCCAGGAGACCCAAGUGACACCCAAGAGUCCUAAAGGCUGCAGCCCACCAGGUCACGCACUAUCUGCCACAGCCAGUGACACAACAAAGGAAGGUGGCAAGGAGAAGUCAGGAACCUCCUCUCUGCCCUUGGGGAAGCUGUUUCGGAAAAAGUCAGUUAAAGAGGAUUCAGUCCCCACAGGUGCAGAGGAGAAUGUGGUGUGUGAAUCACCAGUAGAGAUCUUAAAGUUUGAGAAAGUAGAAUCAGCCUCACAAACAGUGGAUCUCAAUGAAGAAAAAGGUGUGCCUGAACCAGCAGAAGUGAAACUCAGAGGAGGAGAAAGCAAGCCUCGGAGGACCUCCCUGAUGUCGUUUUUCAGACAAAUG